AUGCCCCCGAUACAAGCUCAGCAUCCCACGGCCCGCCCCGCGAAGACUCGCGAGUUUGUACCAAGCAUGGGCAAGCCGGCGGCAGGCGGCGUCAGCCCCACCACACUGCGCGAUGAUGCAGCGGUUGGCAACAGCACAAGCAAUGUGUUCUCGUGGGCAUCAAUCCCAGACCUGGACGGGAGCGCGGAUGCGGGCCUGGGUAUGGCGGGCAACCCGUGGCACAAUCCACAGCUGCACCAGGUCGUAGAUCUGCUACAGGUGGCCAUCAUGUCGAGCAGGAACGGAUGGCGGCUCUCGGAGGACAACGACAAGCGUCCCAGCCGCAGGUUCCACAAGCACGGCGGUUACGGCAGAUGCAGUGGAAUCGUUAACAACCCCGAACACGUUUCGGCGCCCUUCAGGACUCCCCUGCCCGACGAAUACCGCGGGCUCGUGUCGCGGCUCGUCGAGGCCGUCCCGCUCCUUGAGCGGCAGAUCCAGAUGGCGGAGGCGCGCGCAGGCCGAGUCGCAGAGGAGCGCCUGCACGAUCUGGCCCUGUACGAGGCUGCAGUGGACGAAUGGAACCAGCGCGAGGACGGGUUCAAGAGCGAGAUGCGCCGGCUAGAGCUCCUGCUCGCGCACGAGACCAAGGGCGGCAUGGAGACGGUGGCCCUGGCCCGCAGCACCUCUGUCGUCAACCGAGGCGACUCGCACAGAUUCAAGGGGCGGAUGAGGAUGGUCGGAGAGAGGGUCCGCGAGAGCCUCGGUGGCUCUGAUGUGGACAAUCCCGAGUUUCUUGAUGACGAGCGAUGGAUUCACAAAGACGCAGUGGGUAAAACGCCUGCAAUCGGCCCUACUCGGCUGAACCAGCAGUACCUUGGCGACCGUCGGAAAAUCGUGGAUGAGGAUCAUGAUGUGCGAGUUAGCAGGAGCCUGCUCACGGGCCCCAAAGUGCCAUUACCGACGCCCAACUACGGUCGUGUUCGGGACACGCGAGACUACACCCAGUCGCCCGUGAAGGGAAUGGCAAAUAUGGACGAGCUACCUGGCCUCCCGCGUCCCACCCCCUCGGACCCAGGCCAUCAAGGCCAUGUCCAUGUCGGCCACGAGCGUUUAGGCAAGCAGUCAUCGAGAUGGAAUAGUAGCCGCCCUUUACCCGACUCGGGCGAGUCGGAUAGCUCGGAUGAAAGCUCUAGUUCUGACGACGAAGGUACAGCCCAGGACCUAACGGAAGAGAAUAGAGGCGAAGGUGGUGAGGGUCUCCAGCGAGUCGACACGAUGACCCAGGAAAAGUAUAACUCGGACAUGUACGCGCACCAGAACCGCCAGCUCGGGCGCGAACUUGGCGGAAUCGACCAGCAAAAGAAGCGCUUCUCGUUCGAGCCUGGCGAGGACCAGAUCCGCCUCAGUCCAACACCCCUAGAUUCGGUUGACUCGGUCAACCCUCCAAUCGAAUCCGCGCCGAUUGGCAGCGGGUCUACGGCAGGAGCCAUGCCAACAAUGGGUAUUUCUGCGAAACAAGGCGCCUCCCCCGUACCCGGCUGCGGCUGGGGAACAAGACCGUUUCAUUCCGAUGGGAGCUCCACGGCGAUUGGCGGCAGUACGAGAGCCUCACCAACAACAAUACGCUAUAUUUCUUCGGUGUCAUGCCAGCAGGGGGCAGCAGCCGUUACUAACGUCGGCUCGGGUGAGUCUUCCGUCGAUGGCGCUCUGGAUCAGCCGGGUGCUAGCAACUGCCGUGAUGUGGCAAGUCUCGGGGUCAAGUGUCACAAGGCUCAAGGCGAGGUGCGGGGUCAGCUAGAGGAUGGUGGUGACUACUUUGGAUACUACCAAAGUCCCAGCCCCAGCGCCGUCGUGCCCCGGAUCCUGGCUCCGGAGAAUCCGAGCCGGGUUACGGAAACAGCAACAGCCCCUAGCAUAGCUGCAACCACCGUCGCUGAUGGGUUAACGACCAUACAGGAAAAAACCCCGCCCCCAAAGAAGGCUAAGAGGAGCAAGGCCGGCGGCAACGCUAAGCGUUCGCAACCUCCCCCACCUCCUUUGUCCCCUUGGGGCCAGACCACGGCCACCGACGCCUUGGAUGGCGGUGGCGCUGGUGCUGGUGUUGGUGCUGGCGCUGAUGCUGGCACUGGUGCUGGUGCUGGUGCUAGCACUGGUGCAGGUGCUGGCACUGGUGCCGAUACUGGGACCGGAACUGGCACUGGAGCUACCACUAUAAUUUCCGCCGCAGCAGCAGCAGCCGCUGCUGCCACGAGGGGACUUGCAAGUGCUUCCGCAAGGGCGGCCACUGGCGUCCUGUUUUCAGCGGCCCCCCGACAAGUCGUCACCUCAGAGUCGGAUGGUGGGGAUACGUCCAGGGGUGAGCUCGCGGGCAAGGUGCCUUGA